UUGAUCGUGGCCGCGGUAAUCAGAUAGGCCCGGGAUUCGUGUGUCACCUGCGAGAUGCAACAAUUGUUCGUUCUCCUACCGCCCGCGAUCCGAUUAUAAAAAGAGGCUGGACGGACCGCGUACGAAUCACUGCGGACAAUCAUAUUCGCGAGUCGUCGCGAUCCGAGUUAGAAGAAACUGGUGAACCUGGUCUCGAACAAGAAGAGAUUUUCAAGAACAGGCUGCACAGGAUGAAGAGGUUCACCGUUUUCGUCCUAGUGACGCUGAUGCUCGUUCUGAUGACGAUCAACGACGCGGACUGCAAAAAGCUCACCAUGGACGAAGCGAAGAAGACCAUAAAGAACCUGAGGAAACCGUGCUCGAAGAAAAACGACACGCCGAAAGAACUGUUGGACGGCCAAUUCGUCGGCGAUUUCCCGAAGGACGAGAGACUGAUGUGUUACAUGAAGUGCAUCCUGGUAUCGACCAAGACCAUGAAGAACGACGAAGUACAGUGGGACUGGUUCACCAAGAACGCUCGCCUGUUGUUGAUCGAAGAACUGAUCCCUCGCGUCGACCACAUGGUCGAAGUUUGUAGAACUCGAGUGACGGCCACGGAUGGCUGCGAGGUUGCCUGGGAGUUUGGCAAGUGCGUUUGGGACGUGGACAAAGAGCUGUACCUCGCCCCAUGAACCUGACGACCGAAUCGCGAGAUGACAAUUUCCUAUUGCUCAAACGACAGAAUCAUCGUCAUCGUCGCAGUUACCUGAGAACAUCG